AUGCAAUUAGCUAGUCGAACAAACCGUCGUUAUAUCACCCCAACUAUGAAAGGUCCAUCUCGAACAAUUCCUCCGACGAACAUAAAACCUAACAAUGUUUCAUCUAUUUCUCAUUCUUCACCGAAAAAAGUUGUUGAUACAUCAACAACAAAAUUAAAUGAAGCAUUAACAUUAAAAAAUUUUGUCGAUCAUUUUCAUCAUGAUGAACUUCAAAUUCAACCAGAACAUGAUUCAAUAAAUUCCAACUUUUCAUGGUUAAAUGAUGAAUCAAAAAGUAUUUCUUAUUCCGAUGAAAAUCUUCCAGAAUCUAUUGAAAUAUUUCCAUCAACUGAUAUUGAUCAAGAUUUAAAUAAACGAGCAUCGUUACUUCUCAAUCAAACAUUCAGUGCUCAUUCAUCUGAUACAGGACAUAUAUCGAAUACAGAUAUUGAUUCUACUCGAAUAACUAUUAUGUAUCAACAACCAACUCGACCGAUUAGCACUCGAAUGGUUGAUUCAAAAGUUGAAUAUAAAAUUGAAAAUAAUGAAGAUGAUAUAUUAUAUCAAUGGCGUUUACGUCGUCGAUUAGAACAAGCAACUAACAAUGAACCAAUCAGUUUUUCAUCGAAAAUAUCAAAUCGAUCUAAUAUAUCUCCAAUAUAUUCAGUUGUUCCUUUGAAACCAAUUGAAGUACAAACUGUGACUUCAUCUCCAAUUGUUUUAUCAUCAUCACCAAAAAAAGAACAGCAACAAUCAUCAACAACAACAAAUCAUGAAGCAAUCAUGACUCCAAUAUCUCUUCGACAAUAUUCAGCAGUAUCAACUCAAACAAUACAAGAUGCUUGUAUUCAAACAUCUUUAACUCUUUCAACAAUACCAAAUAUUGUUAAUGAAAUAGAUCUUGUUCCAACGCAUGAUGAUGAUGAUGAUCAACAUUUAUCUAUUUGUCAUCGUCCACCAGUUCGAUCUAAAUGUGAAAUAACACAAAUAUCAUCAUCGCCAUUAACUAUUAAACGACAUCAUCGUACUUUUCGUCCAGUUGUUCUUGUUGAACAUCCAACAAUAGUGAAUAAUAGUUUGAAUACAGUUCAAUCUUCACAAGAAAGUACAUUAACACAAGUUACAUCAAUUAUGAUUAAUGAAAAUAAUAAUAAUAAUAAUCGUCACAUUGAAAAUAAUAAUAAUACGAUUGCAAUAAAUGAAAUACAAGAUGAUGAAGAAAUUGAUGAUGAGAUAUUAUAUAUAUUGAAACAAAAAAGAAAUGAAUUAUUAAUUCAAUUUCGAGAAAUUGAACAAUCCUUAGCUAAUAUGAUUUCUUAA